ACAAAUCACAAUAGAAAAACAGUUAAAACAAAAGGCAAACAAAUUAUGGGAUAAUCAUUCCAACUUUCUCCCUUCAUCUUGAUAUGUGUCAUCAUGCACCUUUCCCUCCCCUCUCUUUCUCUUUCUCUUUCUUCCAACAUCUUUCCUUAGCUCCCAACUUUAACUUUUCACCACCCCAUAAAAAAUUAUUAUUAGUUCUAUUCCACCUAAAGGGGUGGAAGAAAUUUAAAUGAGUUCAACAUUGAGACAGAGAUAGAGAAAGGGAAUAAAGAGAGAGAAAGGGGAUCCAUUUCUUUUCCAUAUAUCAUCUUAUGUUGUUAGGGUUGAGAAGAUAUAUACCCAUAACAAAGAACCUAGUCUUUUGGGUUUUCUCCCCACAAGACUAAGAAACCAUUUAGUUGUGUUUUUCUGUUUCUGGGUUUUCUUAUAUACAGAAGCAAUUCAAAGAACUGACCUUGAUGUUAGAGAAGAUAUGACAGCAGAAGAAGAAGCAAUAAUCCCAAAUGGUACUUUUGUCCAAACCUCAAUCCCUGGAUCCAAUCUUCCAGCUCCAAAGAGGAAGAGAAACCUCCCAGGAACCCCAGAUCCUGAGGCUGAAGUUAUAGCUCUGUCUCCAAAGACUCUCAUGGCAACCAACAGAUUCCUGUGUGAAAUAUGUGGGAAGGGUUUCCAGAGAGACCAGAAUCUUCAGCUGCAUCGCCGAGGCCAUAACCUGCCAUGGAAGCUCAAGCAAAGAACAUCAAAAGAAGUCAGAAAGCGCGUCUACAUCUGUCCCGAGAAGACAUGCGUGCACCACCAUCCAUCGAGGGCGCUUGGAGACCUCACAGGUAUCAAAAAGCAUUUCUGCAGGAAACACGGUGAAAAGAAAUGGAAGUGUGAGAAGUGCUCAAAGAGAUAUGCUGUUCAGUCUGACUGGAAAGCUCACUCAAAAACCUGCGGCACAAGGGAGUAUAAAUGUGACUGUGGCACCCUAUUUUCAAGGAGAGAUAGUUUCAUCACUCACAGGGCAUUCUGUGAUGCAUUGGCUGAAGAAACAGCUAGAGUAAAUGCAGCAUCUAGUGUGCACAACAUGACCACAACUAGUGCCAUGAAUUAUCAUCACCUUUUGGGGACUCCAAUAGGGUCUGGCAUCAUGGCACAACAUUUUUCUUCUAGUUUCAAGCCAAUUUCAACCACUAACGAAGCAGCCAUGGAUGAAGCCAGACAAGGACUCUCCCUCUGGAUGGGGCAUGAAGCAAUAGGAACUAACAAUCUCCAAGUCAUUCAUCAUCAACUUGGUCCUAUGAAUUCGGGGACAGUAUACAGUACUGAACCCUUAGUUUCAGGUUCAAAUCCUCUACCAUCUGACACUAAUUAUCAGUUACCUUGGAUGUUCGGGAAUAAACUCUCUGCAAACAAUCCCGAAGAGUUACUAAGCACUACUUCAAUAUCACUUCCUUUAAGCAAUGUGAAGGAAAAUGGACCUACCCAUCAACUUGUGAGCAUUCCUUCAUUGUUUAGCUCCCAGCAGCACUCCCUUCAAACGGUACCAUCAGCAGCAAAUAUGUCUGCCACAGCCCUCCUGCAGAAAGCUGCGCAGAUUGGUGCAACUUCAACUGAUGCAUCAUUUUUAGGGAGUUUUAAAUUGAAGUCCAGCAACAGUACUACUCAGGCUGAAGAUAGUAGCAAGUACAGUGGCCUGUACGGGUCGAACAACACGCAGACAAAUAAUUCUUUAGGAAGUGAGCAUCUGGAAAACUCAUCAGAUAUUACCACAUUGAAUCAAUUACAAAUGUUUCCUGCUGCUAAGCGCCAGCAUACACGCAACGAAGAUAGCACUGGAGGAGGAGGGCAAACAAGAGACUUCUUGGGGGUUGGGAUGCAAGCCAUCUGUCAUCCAUCUUCAAUCAAUGGAUGGAUUUGAGACACAGCAAUUGGAAUUUUUCAUGAGUAGUAUAUUUUAUCUAUGAAAAAUAAAAUGGGGGCUGGUAGGAGUUGGAGAGAUGGAAGGCGAAGAGACAGAAUUUAGUAUUGGGAAAAACUUUGCAGGCCAGGGGAGAAAAGGUGUGCCAUUAAGUGUGUUUUGAUGGAGGGCUAAAAGUUUGCCUAGAUAAACUAUUGAGGAGGUGAAGGAAGAUAUCCAUGCAUAUUCUCUUGAACUCUAAAAGCUUAUACCUUUAAAAACUGUGGCUUUAGUCUUUGAUAAAGAAGGGGUGGAGUAGUGGGGGCAAAGCAUCAAUCCCCUUUUCAGCUCCAUUAUUGCAUUGUUUCAUCUCUAUUGUGGUUGUUGUCCACUUGUCAUAUAUACAACGACUUAAAAAGACUAUAUUUCAGUUGCAUAAAAGCUUGCUUUCGAGUAGAUAUAUAGGACUUAACCGUGUUCUUAGCUAGAAUAAUCUAAUUACACUUUU